CGUUGACAGUGGUGGCCGAAAAGGAUUAAAACUUGAAGAAGAAAGAAUUCAAAAUGAUCGGUAAAGGCGUGUCGAAGUCCAGCGCAACAGUGAGGGCGAUUUUGGUGCUUUUUCUAAUUGUUUGCCUCGUUAAUUGUGCAACAGAGCAGAGAAUUAACAGUAGAGGUAGCAAGGCAUCGAAUCUUAUUCAGAAAGUCAACGGGUGGCGCAGCCAACGCGGAGGUUCAUGCUUAAGCUAUGGACACUCUUGCUGGGGAGCCCACGGGAAGCGUUCAGGCAAGGCCCCGGCUUCUGCUCCCGACUGGUACAUCACUAGAAUCCUGCGUCGCAUGGCAGCUAGCAAUGAAAUGAACCGUGCCCAAAACCUUGCAGGUCCGAACGAAAUCGACGUCUAUCGGGUGGAAGAUGAUGUUCCCUCAUCUAAUAAGUUUAUGACCGAAUCUGAAGAGGUACCGGUUGUUGUUGCCGCGAGAGGUGCUGAAGCUAAGCCUAUGCUGGAUGACGACAUGCUGUCCAGACUUAAGAUUUGGCAAAUCAUUAGAGCAGCAGCCGAAGAAAAAUGAGCUAACAAACUGGACUGACCCUUUAUUUAAACAAAAUAUAACCACUUUCGUUUAAUACUCCACGAUAUAGUCAAUACAAGGCUGGGUUGUAAUUGACUUUGUAAUAUAUAGAAUAUAAGUAUGUUUAAUAAAUAUUUACCGUUGAAAAUUGCUUAUUUAAUGUUUACAU